AUGGGAGAGUUGCAUCUUGACACGUUGGAAAAGAAGAAAUACAUUCAAAACAUCCUGAAAGACUGGACUUAUGUCACAAUGUGGGAAUGUCAAUGGAAUGAGGACACCCUCCCUCUCCAUAUCAAACAGAUGCGACUAAAUCCAGCACCUCUGAAUCCCCGUGAAUCAUUUUAUGGUGGACGUACAAAUGCCAGCUGCCUGUUGUACGAGUGCAAGGAGGGAGAAAAAAUCAAGUAUGUGGACUUUACGUCACUGUAUCCCAGCGUCAACAAAUACGGGUCAUAUCCCAUAGGCCACCCUAGGAUCAUUACGCACAAUUUUGCUGAUGUGUCCGAAUAUUAUGGUCUGAUCAGAUGUGCUAUCUUGCCCCCUCAAGAUCUCAUGCAUCCCGUGCUACCUAUCAAGGUGAAUGAUAAACUGAUGUUUCCAUUGUGCCUUACUUGUGCCGAAAAUGGGCAACAAACGCCAUGCUCUCAUUCUGAGAAAGAAAGGAUGCUGCGCAGUACGUGGGUUUCUCUUGAACUGCAAAAGGCAGUUGAAAAGGGGUACAAGAUUAUCAACAUGGAGGCUGUGUGGCACUUUCCAGUGAAGUCUCAACUUCAAAGGGAAAAGCCUUCAGAUGAAAGACGAUUCACGGACUACGGGUUGUUCUCUUGCUACAUUGACACUUUCCUUAAAAUAAAACAAGAGUCAUCUGGGUGGCCUGACUGGUGUAGAACUGAGGAAGACAAAGCCAAGUACAUAGCCAACUACUACAAACAUGAGAAUAUUGAGCUGGACCGGGAGAAGAUAGUAAAAAAUAAAGGUUUGCGUUCACUGAGCAAACUCAUGUUAAACUCCUUCUGGGGUAGGUUCGGUAUGAGAACCAACCUCCCUAAUACUGAGAUCCUCUUGGACCCAGCAAGGCUGUAUGAAAUCUUGACAUCGGAUGACACAGAGGUAACCGAGGUACAUUUCAUCAACGAUGAUGUGGCAGAAGUCCGGUCUGUUAAGAAGGACGACUUCGAAGUAAUGAACCCCAAGUCCAGCGUCAUCAUCGCUGCAUUCACAACAGCACAAGCACGAUUGAAGCUGUUUGAUGUACUGGAUCGCUUGGGAGAACGAGUGCUCUACUACGAUACAGAUAGCAUCAUCUACAUCGAAAGAGCUCAUGUUCCUGAUGAAUGGUGUCCUCCUCUAGGUGACUAUCUUGGAGACCUAACUGAUGAACUAGAUGGCAAGUACAUAAGAUCGUUCAUCUCAGGAGGCCCCAAAAACUAUGCCUACAAACUGAACACGGGCGAGACUACCUGCAAAGUCAAAGGAAUCACUCUUAAUUACCGAAAUUCACAGGUAAUUAACUUCGACACCAUGAAGCAGAUGGUCACCCAUAUGGGGUUGGAUGAAAGCUCUAAACUCACGGUCUUUAACCCAUACCAGAUUACCAGGGUGAAUAAAAAGCAGCGCAUUGAAACCAGGGAGUCUAGCAAAGACUACAGGCUGGUGUACGACAAACGAGUCGUUAGAGAAAACUUCUUUACUAUUCCAUAUGGCUAUGUAGGACAAAAUUAA